GUCGAAUAUUUAGCACCAUGCCAGAUAGCGCUAGUGUAAACUAGGUAACGCUGAAAUUAUUGGCAGUAAUGUCACUUAGUUGAUAUUUUCCAAUAUUUUGUCUUUAUGUAAUGAACAGGACAACUAAUCAGGAUGAUGGCAACAACUAAUGAAUUUGGCCCUGACUCUGGUGGUAGAGUUAAGGGUGUUACAAUAGUGAAACCAAUUGUGUAUGGAAAUAUAGCCCGUUAUUUUGGUAAAAAAAGGGAAGAAGAUGGCCAUACACAUCAAUGGACAGUUUAUGUUAAACCAUAUCAUAAUGAAGACAUGUCUACAUAUGUCAAAAAAGUUCACUUUAAAUUACAUGAAAGUUACAACAAUCCAAAUCGUAUUAUGACCAAAGCUCCAUAUGAACUCAGUGAAACUGGUUGGGGAGAAUUUGAAAUUGUGAUUAAAAUUUAUUUUCAUGACCCUAAUGAACGUCCUGUAACUAUAUAUCAUAUAUUAAAACUGUUCCAAACAACACCUGAGAUACAACUAGGGAAAAAGAGCUUAGUGUCUGAGUUUUAUGAAGAAAUAGUUUUCCAAGAUCCAACAGCUUUAAUGCAACAUUUACUGAACUCCAGUAAACCUACAACUUUUGGUGUUUGGCGCCAUAAUACAGAUUUUGAAGCCAAAAAGGAGUCUACAAUGAAAGCAAUAAUAGAAGCAAGAAACAAAAUAAGAUUGGAAGUCAUAGACUUUAAGGAAAAAUUAACCUUAGCAAAGGAAACAAUUGCUAAAUUUAAAGAAGAGAUUGCUAAAAUUUCUAAAGCUGGUGGAAGUUUAUCUGUUGCAUAAUCUAAGCAUUUAAGGAAUUUUCUGAGAUUAUUAUGAAAUAAAAGAAGUAGUUUUAGUAUAACAGACAAUUAUAAAACAAAUAAAGAAUGUAAAAUAAAUGUACAUAUUGCAAUUAA